AUGUCGUCCUCGAGCAACAAGCGCCAGCAUGGCGAGUCGCCUAGCUCUGGGUCAGAAACGAGGGCAGACGUCCCUGUCCGGGACCGUGCUUGCGAUGCGUGUCGUCGUAUGAAGAUCAAGUGCACAGACAAGGAGAACCCGCCUUGCAAGCGUUGCAGGACGAUGAAGAUUGAGUGCCGGUUCGACAUGGGUCCGGCGGCCCGGAAUGGCUUUGAGGACUCGGAGGUGUUUGUCAAGGCGACUCGCACCCGUCUCGACAGCCUCGAGGGCCAGGUGGGGGGUAUCACAGCUAAACUGGACGAAAUCUCGUCCUUUCUCCGCCGUAUGGCCGCUGCUAGCGGCGGAGUCCAGCUUGAGACACCCACGUCGGGAUCCGAGCCGUCACCAACGACGAGCGCAUGGCAGGGAGCUGGAGGAGGUGGCACCAGCCCAAUGCGACCCCAGCCCCGCCCAGAUCCCGCCGACCCAAAGCACAUGCUCACUCCGGAUAUUCUAUAUGCCGACCCUUUGGACUCGUCCACAACCAUACCGUGGGGCACGCCACUGGCAGGAAGCAACGUGCUUUCGUCCAUUGCACAUCCCCACGACAACGCCAUCGGUGGUGGUGACGAGGACGACGAUGACCCACUCGAAAGUGCAAUGCGCAACGAGCCGUUCUCGCUCCUUACCCGAAAAGAGGAGGAGCGGCGGCUGCGCGACGAGGGCCUGCCCGUGGGGAAGCGCCGCAGGAUAGACAGCGACAUGGUUGGCGACUGGGGUCGCAGCCCCAUCCGCGAAAAGGGCGACGCACUCGCUGGGUUUGCAGACCCAGUCACAUUGGGAUGGUGCUCGGAGGCGGACGGGAGGGAGUUGUUCGAUGCCUUCUUCAAGCACGCACAUCCAUUCCUCCCCAUCCUGGACGCUAGCGUAGACACUUGGGAGGAUCCCUUCUGCAUCACGGUCAUUCUCUGGGUGGCCCUGAGGGCCCGGAGUGGCUGUCGCCCAGCCUCCGAGUUGACGACCAAGCUCAAGGAGCACGCAGAGGCAAUGGGCAAGCUUACACUGUUCUCGCCCAUUGCCACUCUUGAAACCGUGCAGGCACUCGUCCUCCUCUCCAGCUGGGACGAGCACUCGUGGCGGAUCUGCUGUCAUGCCAUGGCCAUGGCCGUUGAUAUGCGCCUUUUCCGGUGCCUCCCCUAUCUCCACAAGAUCCGCACUGCAGCUCAGCAGCCACACAGCAUGCUGGAAAGGCAGCGUCCCCUUGUGGCCGGCGCGCGGACGUGGCUGGCACUGGUCAAGCAAACCUUUGAGAUGUCGUUCAACCAUGCGCUCCCUGUCCAGUUCUCAUGUCCGCCGAAUGAACGUUCAGCAUACGCGCGCGAGCUACUGGACCACCCGCUUGCCAACCUCCACGAUAGCCGGUUGGUCGUUUCCGUCGAGCUCCUCGAGUGCCGCGAAACCGCUUUCUGGCCCUACCAGUCUGUGGUGAACCAGAGCGCUGAACAUGUGGACGAGCAGCUGCGAAAGUUCAAUCGCGAGACGAACCAGUGGCAGGAACACUGGCACAAGCACUACCGCACCAUCGGUCUUCCGUCAGACCACUUUCUCGUCAAGGAAAUCGCUAGCCAAAAGGCUUACGCGGUCCUAUACACCAACUCUGUGGCGUGGUACGGGGUACACAACCGCAGCGAUGUGCUCCGCCUCUCACCAGAGCGCAGGCAGUGGCUCGGUGCAGCGAUGCGCAGCGCAGCCUUUCUCAUCUCGUCGCUUGGCAGCGGGCCGCAGGAGAAGGACUCGGAGUUUGGCAACCACAAUUUCCAUGUUGGUAUCGUCGCAGUGGCCCGAUACUUGCUCCGCAUGGUUGAGCUCCUCCCAGAAGUGUGCGACCGGUACACCAUCAGCCUUGACAUUGACAAGCUCCUACUCAAGAUGCCCUACUAUCCCGCGCAUCCGUUCACCCCGCUUCUCACAUCCACUCUUGCGCGCGCUCGUGAGCGCAACGUGAUCCCGUACACGUCCAUCUCCGAUGAAGCCGCCCGUGCCGGCGUGGCCGCAUCGAAGGGCGAGAAUGUUCGCGAGCCAGAGGUCGAUUCCCUGCCCCUGGGUCUCGACCCCCUUCCAUGGACGCAGAAUGAGGAAGCUCCAGCGGCCGACAUCAAUCUCGUCGGUGUGUCGUGGCCGAUUGAUUUCAACCUCGCAUCGUGGUUCCCGACCGAUGACCUCAACAAUGGGCACCUCCAGGUUGACGGGUCGUUUAACACGGACAUGUCGAGCUGGUUCCCCAUCGCGCCUCAAGCUUGA